GGCCAAUGGCAGCACGCGGGGACGGGCGGGCUGGUGGCCCGGAGACAAGAUGGGGGGCGUGAGGCUGGAGAUCGCGCGGAUGUUCAUUUACCUGUCAUUUCCUGUGACAGUGUUUUGGAUAUCAAAUCAAGCAGAGUACUUUGAAGAAUACGUCGUCAAAAGAAAGAGAGAAAUCUAUCCGCCAGAAGAGAAGAUGCACCGCAAAGAACUGGAAGACUUCAAGGAACGGAUGAGAGUGAAGCGGGAACAGAAACUCCUGCAUCAAGCAGAUACACAGAAAGUUUCAGAACAGUAAUACAGAAUCAGAAGUUGCCAGUACUUACGGGCAAAACUUCAAUUGAUGCAGCCUGUUGGAAUUUUGCAAAAUUAUUAUUUCUUUCUUCUGGAGAGCUUUAUCAGCAUAUCUUACCAUUACCUUACCAUUCCUGUCAUGACCUGAUGAACUUUUAUUUAAAAAAAUAAAAUUAUUGAGUAUAA